CACCACCUCAGCCUUGCCCCUCAGCACCUCAGUCUUGCCCCUCACCACCUCAGCAGCACUUCCUGGGAGCCUCCUCAGGGGUGGGGGCUUCAAGCAGUCUUCCACACACUCUCCUGUCAAAGGCCAACAACUCAGGUUUUAUAGGAACGACCAGCAGAAGUAUUGAACAGCAGCGGCCAGAGCCACAGAAAGGGUCGCCCCAGCUGAUGGACUUCCCCUGGGUGGUGUGGCCCAGCCUGUGGCACACUAUUCGGAACUGGAUAUUUGCCAACCUCCUGAUCCAUCGCUACUUGGACCAGGAGUUUGAUAUAGCCUCUUUUAAAAAGGGCUCUAUUCAGGCUCUCGUGCAUGUGUCUGGUGAACUUUCAAAAGGCAACUUUGAAGCUCUUGAUGAUCUGAUCACUAAGCCAAGUUUAGAGGAAAUAAGGAGGAAUUAUGCAAACUUUUCUCUGAAACAAAGACUGGAUUUGGCUGUUGUAAAGGAAGAUAUAUUUUUCUCAUUCCCUUACCAAAUUGGAAUGAUAUUCACCAAUGAAGGCGGCCCUCAUGAGCGCAUAUUUGUGGAGAUAACUAUGUGCUACCAUGUCUUCCGAGGCUUCCAAGACUACAUCAACAGCACAACGACUGGGGAGACUCCAGGAGGCCUAAGAGGAGUCUAUGAUAACCAUGACCGCAUCUCCAUCGCCAAUUACAGGUUUAUUCGAGAGUUCACCAAGGGUGUUGUGGAUGAAUGGACCAUUAGCCUGGCCAACCACUUCAAGCCGGGGGAGAUGAUACAACGACAGUGACAAGAUUUCCAUAUACUUUGUCUAUGAGCCAAUAGUAUUCUUUUACUAUAUUAGUUUGCAAAUUAAAUAUUAAUGAACA